AGGAUACAGCGGGAGGGCCCAGCUCAGCUCACUGUGCAUAGAAAAUCACUGCACCUCAUUUAAAUACUCCUUUUCCCAACUUCCAGAAAUUAAUUUCCCACGGUUUAUAGACCAGCUGAAGAUCUGUCCGUGUGGAAGCUGAGAGAGAAACUAGAGUAAAACUGCUGAAAGAGCCUGGUAAGUUAAAGGGGGAUGAGAUGGGAGUGAGAGGGGAAGGGAUAUUCACUGAACUGUGUUAACUGCAGGAAAAUGUCUGACCAGGAAUGUGAAAAGUCCCUCCAUUUUGGGUUUAGGGUUAUAAAAUGCCUUUAGAGAAUGUAGUGCUGCAUUAGAAUACAGCUUGAUGUCGUUGAGCAUUUUGUAGGCCAGCUGAAUGGAAAAGAUGCAUGCAUGUGAAAAGUUGUCAGGCUAAAACAUACUUCUUCCUCCAUCUUCAGUGUUCAGACUUAGUUAAUGGAUCACAUAACAGUGAAAAUGCUGUGAUGAUCAAAUUAAAGUGAUUGUCAUUUGAGUGGCAAUGCUGCUUUGAACUGUGCCAUGUCUGUAGAGUAGGCCUAUCUUAUUAAUAAUGGCCCCACCCAGCAACAUACUAUUUGUGUUCUGAUCUAACUCACAGUUUCCUCUGCCAGGGGGCAUUGCUCUUUACUUGGUGGUAGAGCGUGUCGAGACUCGAGAAAGCAUCCGAUCGAUUACGCAGAGGGAAAUGAGCUGUGUAAUUUAUAAACAUAUGUUUAGACAGAUAUUAAUGAUGAUGAAACUUGAAAAUCCCUCCUCCUCUAGACUUUCUCUUACACUGUGGCAGUGCUGAUUGGUCAGUUUUUUGUCCAAUAAGUUGAGACCGUCUUUGCCAGCAUUUGUACGUGCCAGGAUGUUUCUUAGUUAUGGCUUAAAAAUACAUUGAAUUAAGGUGUGCUGUGAUUUGAAAUGAUACAUGCAUGCAGAAUCCAAUUGAUAGAUAUAAUGCAAACUGAGAAUGUAUUGAAAUCAUCUGUACUUCCAACAAAACUUUGAAAAGCAUCGUCCCUUUAGUACAGAAAUGACAGCCUGAGUAAGCUGAAAGAUCAAACUUUCUGUUAAGACAGUGAAACAUUUGAAACCUCACACCUGCUUAAAAGGUCACUCAUUCCAGGCCUCAGAGGAUGCAUACAAUCCUUUUGUUUAGAUUCUGCAGCUAAGUCUGAUCCUGUUGCACACUUGUCUGUGUAGUCCUCCUGCAGGGCAAAAAAAAAAGUGAUUGGUCCACCAGAUGAAGCGAGAGCUUAAUUGUAAUAUCGUAGGCGUUCUACAGCUGCAGUGUCAACAUGGCUCUUGAGUCUUGCCUUGAACUUGACAUGGUCAAACCUGCUCUCAGAUUCUCCACCAAUGAAUUCUGGUCUAUAAUUACAUUACAGACUGCAUAAUGAAAGCUUAGUAUACCACACAGCAUGUCCAUUCUGCAUCAUCCAGGAUUAAUAAAGGAAGAGUGGUAUCCCACUUGAAUCUCAGCAAAGGGUUGGGGAAGUGCGUUAUCUCCUUAACUUGUGCUAUCACCGGCGAGAGCAAUGAGAGAAGUCCCACAAAAGGUUUUCUGUUGUCAAAAUCCAGGGCAAAUUUCAUUUAAUUUGCCUCUGACAUUAAGGAUUUGAGACUCUGUUGCUCUGUAAUUGCUCUGAUGCUCUAUAAGUAAAUCCACUGUCAAAAUCGAACACAUAAAUCCUGUCUGUUUUCAUGUCCCCUCUCAGGUCUCUACUGAUCGUUCUGACACUAUGUGGGUGACUAACCUGGUAGCCAUGGCCCUACUGGCCACCACAGCCUUUGCUGCUACUGCCGCCUCGGCAGACAAGGUCCUAAGCAACCACGCCACCCUGCUGGCCGACAACAGCGCCAGCCUGGCCUUCAGCCUCUACCAGAACAUGGUCAAGGAGAAGGACCUGGAGAACAUCCUCAUCUCCCCCGUCGUGGUGGCCUCUUCCCUGGGCCUGGUGGCCCUCGGGGGCAAGGCCUCCACCGCCUCCCAGGUAAAGACCAUGCUGAGUGCCGACAAGAUGAAGGACGAGCAGCUUCACGCCGGCCUGGCAGAGCUCCUGGAGGAGGUCAGCAACUCAAAGACCCGCAACAUCACCUGGAAGAUCAGCAACCGCCUCUACAGCCCCAGCUCGGUCAACUUUGCAGAUGCCUUUGUCAAGAGCAGCAAGAAGCACUACAACUAUGACCACACUAAGAUCAACUUCAAGGACAAGAAGAGCGCUGUGAAGUCCAUCAACGAUUGGGCAGCCAAAUCCACCGACGGCAAGCUGCCCGAGGUCACCAAGGAUGUGGAGAAGACCGAUGGGGCCAUGAUCAUCAAUGCCAUGUUCUUCAAACGUGAGUUCUCUCUUACAAAGCACCAGAAUUUGGUAGAUACUCUUCUCUCUUUUGUCUUGUUUUUUCAUUCAUUCACAUAUUUACUAAUUUACAGUAAAUUGUCUUUUACUUUCUAUCUGAACAGCCCAUUGGGAUGAACAGUUCCACCAAAAGAUGGUGGACAACCGUGGCUUCCUGGUGUCCCGCUCUCACACUGUUGGUGUACCCAUGAUGCACCGCACAGGUCAAUCAAUUACAACAUGUCGCUCAACAUAAUAUCAUACAGUACAUUUAAACUGAACUGGGGUGUUUUCAUUUCAGUGUGAAGGAAUAUGUACAGAAAUGCUCUAGAAAUGUAUCUGAGUCUGUACUCAUACUGGCUGUACCUGCAGGUCUCUACGGCUUCCACGAGGACACAGUGAAUAAACUGUUCAUCCUGAGCAUGCCCCUGGCCCAUAAAAAGUCCAGCCUGGUGUUCUUCAUGCCCUACCACGUGGAGUCCCUGGAGAGGCUGGAGAAGCUGCUGACCUGCAAGCAGCUGGACGACUGGAUGGGCAAGCUGAAGGAGACGGCUGUGGCUGUGUCUCUGCCAAAAGUCAGCAUGGAAGUCAGCCACAACAUCCAGGUACUGUAAAAACCUAGACACAGGUCAUUGGUGAAAACCACAUUUAUUAAACUGUUUAUGCAACUGAGAUGCAAGUUUGAAUAACAUGUUAGUAUACACUAUAACUAUACAGUACACAUCCCUGAUGCUCUUAGGUGGCUGAACUCCUUUACAAUAAAGAUCACUUGCUUUCUCUCAAUUCAAUUCAAUUCAAUUUAAGGGCUUUAUUGGCAUGGGAAACGUGUGUUAACAUUGCCAAAGCAAGUGAAGUAGAUAGUAAACAAAAGUGAAAUAAACAAUAAAUAUUAACAGUAAACAUUACACUCAGAAGUUUCAAAAGAAUAAAGACAUUUCAAAUGUCAUAUUAUGUAUAUACAGUGGGGAAAAAAAGUAUUUAGUCAGCUACCAAUUGUGCAAGUUCUCCCACUUAAAAAGAUGAGAGAGGCCUGUAAUUUUCAUCAUAGGUACACGUCAACUAUGACAGACAAAAUGAGGAAAAAAAAUCCAGAAAAUCACAUUGUAGGAUUUUUUAUGAAUUUAUUUGCAAAUUAUGGUGGAAAAUAAGUAUUUGGUCAAUAACAAAAGUUUCUCAAUACUUUGUUAUAUACCCUUCGUUGGCAAUGACACAGGUCAAACGUUUUCUGUAAGUCUUCACAAAGUUUUCACACACUGUUGCUGGUAUUUUGGCCCAUUCCUCCAUGCAGAUCUCCUCUAGAGCAGUGAUGUUUUGGGGCUGUCGCUGGGCAACACAGACUUUCAACUCCCUCCAAAGAUUUUCUAUGGGGUUGAGAUCUGGAGACUGGCUAGGCCACUCCAGGACCUUGAAAUGCUUCUUACGAACCCACUCCUUCGUUGCUCGGGCGGUGUGUUUGGGAUCAUUGUCAUGCUGAAAGACCCAGCCACGUUUCAUCUUCAAUGCCCUUGCUGAUGGAAGGAGGUUUUCACUCAAAAUCUCACGAUACAUGGCCCCAUUCAUUCUUUCCUUUACACGGAUCAGUCGUCCUGGUCCCUUUGCAGAAAAACAGCCCCAAAGCAUGAUGUUUCCACCCCCAUGCUUCACAGUAGGUAUGGUGUUCUUUGGAUGCAACUCAGCAUUCUUUGUCCUCCAAACACGACGAGUUGAGUUUUUACCAAAAAGUUCUAUUUUGGUUUCAUCUGACCAUAUGACAUUCUCCCAAUCCUCUUCUGGAUCAUCCAAAUGCACUCUAGCAAACUUCAGACGGGCCUGGACAUGUACUGGCUUAAGCAGGGGGACACGUCUGGCACUGCAGGAUUUUAGUCCCUGGUGGCGUAGUGUGUUACUGAUGGUAGGCUUUGUUACUUUGGUCCCAGCUCUCUGCAGGUCAUUCACUAGGUCCCCCCGUGUGGUUCUGGGAUUUCUGCUCACCGUUCUUGUGAUCAUUUUGACCCCACGGGGUGAGAUCUUGCGUGGAGCCCCAGAUCGAGGGAGAUUAUCAGUGGUCUUGUAUGUCUUCCAUUUCCUAAUAAUUGCUCCCACAGUUGAUUUCUUCAAACCAAGCUGCUUACCUAUUGCAGAUUCAGUCUUCCCAGCCUGCUGCAGGUCUACAAUUUUGUUUCUGGUGUCCUUUGACAGCUCUUUGGUCUUGGCCAUAGUGGAGUUUGGAGUGUGACUGUUUGAGGUUGUGGACAGGUGUCUUUUAAACUGAUAACAAGUUCAAACAGGUGCCAUUAAUACAGGUAACGAGUGGAGGACAGAGGAGCCUCUUAAAGAAGAAGUUACAGGUCUGUGAGAGCCAGAAAUCUUGCUUGUUUGUAGGUGACCAAAUACUUAUUUUCCACCAUAAUUUGCAAAUAAAUUCAUUAAAAAUCCUACAAUGUGAUUUUCUGGAUUUUUUUUCUCAAUUUGUCUGUCAUAGUUGAUGUGUACCUAUGAUGAAAAUUACAGGCCUCUCUCAUCUUUUUAAGUGGGAGAACUUGCACAAUUGGUGGCUGACUAAAUACUUUUUUUCCCCACUGUAUACAGUGUUGUAACAAUGUGCAAAUAGUUAAAGUACAAAUGGGAAAAUAAAUAAACAUAAAUAUGGGUUGUAUUUACAAUGGUGUUUGUUCUUCACUGGUUGCCCUUUUCUUGUGGCAACAGGUCACAAAUCUUGCAGCUGUGAUGGCACACUGUGGUUUUUCACCCAGUAGAUAAGGGAGUUUAUCAAAAUUGGGUUUGUUUUCGAAUUCUCUCUCUCUCUCUCUCUCUCUCCUCUCCUCUUCCCUCUCUCCUCCCUCUCUCUCUCUCUCUCUCUCUCUCUCUCUCUCUCUCUCUCUCUCUCUCUCUCUCUCUCUCUCUCUCUCUCUCUCUCUCUCUCUCACAGAAACACCUUGGGGAGCUGGGUCUGACUGAGGCUGUGGAUAAGACCAAGGCGGACCUGUCCAACAUCUCUGGGAAGAAGGACCUGUACCUGUCCAACGUCUUCCAUGCCUCUGCCAUGGAGUGGGACACUGAUGGGAACCCCAUCAAUACCAGCAUCUUUGGCACCGAUAAACUGAAAAAUCCCAAGUUGUUCUAUGCUGACCAUCCCUUCAUCUUCCUAGUGAAGGACACCAAGACCAACUCCAUCCUCUUCCUUGGCAGACUGGUCCGACCUAAGGGCGAGAAGAUGAGAGAUGAAUUAUAACAACUUUGAGUCUUAGGUGAAGUGUUUUUGUAUGCACGGGUGUUACAGUGUGUUUGUGUCUGUGUGUGUGUGUUUGUAUUUUCCUAUGCAAAGAGAGGAGAGGGAGAAAAUGAAUUGUACGUCUUAUACCUCAAGAGUACAUUCCCAUUUGAUCAUUUAUGUGCCAACAUUCGUGCCUGUUGUUCACAAUCCAUGAUUCAGAAAUAUAUUUUUGUGUAUUUUGUCCUGUGUUGUAAGAAACAAAGCAUUGUGUACUCCAAAUAAACAUAAACUUCACCUUAACAUGGUAUCAUCAUCUAGCCUGCAAUCCAAACUGAAUAUCAUCCCGUUUCAAAAAAGAGAGCAAUAUUCAGUUUGGAUUCCAGGCUAGUUAGUAGUCACCAUCACAACGUGGCAUGUUUGAGUAUUUUAAUUAAGGGCAGAUCACAGGAUGGAUACUUACAUUAAGUAUGAUCUCCCAGACUAUUGCCUUAAAUAUAAAAUCAGCAUUCCUCUCAGGGUUUCCACUCCUAUCUCUCUGUCUGUUAGUCUGGGAUCCCAACUGAAUGCAUGCUCUGUUUCACUAUUGUUUCACUUCACUUUGAAUUCCAGACUAUUUGUUUGUACCAGUUUACUUGAGAUUAAGUCAACAUCAAAUUACUAUUGUCGGGGUAUUCAAAUGUGCUGAGCAAGUAAACUGUUUCUGUUUUCUUUACAGGUUUUGCUAUGAUUACCGUGUACCCGUCACCAAAUAUAACAUUUUUAGUUAGUGAAAUUCGUGUGGGUUCCAAUAUCUUUAAUGUUUAAAGUACAAUUAUUUUUUUCACAAGCUUUUUCACAAUCUUACUACCUGGUGCUAGCCUAUUGUUCACUCCCCCCAAAGCACAUUAAUCUAUGACCCAGGGGACGCGCCUCUGUUUGUUACUCUGUUUGGCUUUUUACUGAUCCGCACUGAAAGCACUGCUCUGUACUCUUUAGCUAACUAACCUCUGAGUGAAAGAACGAAAGGCGAUAUCUGUGGAAGACUUUUGAUUGAUCAGCCUAGCCCUGUCUCAACACUGUCACGUUUUGCCACAAAAAAAUAAGCUUUUUUGGAACAAUGGAAUGGUAUGAGAUAGUUACAAGUUUUCUCUUUUCCAAUAAAAUUAUAAAACAAAAUAA